AUGGAUUUGGAUCCGUCCAUGCUUUACCCCCAACUGAGCCCUUAUCACAACAACAACCGGCACAGCUCAUAUGACGGGUAUGAGGACCCGACUGAUCGACAUCACGCAAGAUCAGUCAGCCGGAGAAGUGCUCCAGAAUAUCUCACUGAGCCCUUUAACGACAACCCUCUGGCACCCACAAGCGUGCCACGAUCUCCGACAUAUCCUCCUGCCGGCCGCGGGCGAAUGAACAGCUCGUCCGGUCUUGGAGACGCCGCUUUUGCGGAUGAGGCAGAAUACCGCUUGUUCGUGGAAGCAACAGCAGGACUGGGCCCUGACUUGUCUUUCCGACCAUACGAUCCGACAUCAUCUCCUGAUUCGACACAGAUGGUCUCGCCCCUCCUAAUCUCACCCCGUCGAACGCAGUCCGAUCGAGUUCCAACACUCAACACGACCUCCCCGGGAAACCUCGUCUCCCCGCUCAGCGAAACGCCAACAACACGCUUCGCACUGCAGCAACUGGCGCAGAUGCCGCAUGGCUCCCUCGAGCCACUGCAGACUGCCCACCCAGCCGUGGACAUGUGGCUACAGCCUCCCAGUGCUGAGCCGGAAGACGCGGAUGAUCUGAGUCAGAUAGAGCAUCUGGGUUUGGACGACGGGUUGGACUUUGACGAUGAGCUGCCGGGAUAUGCGGAGAGUCAGGCGCAGGCGCAGCAGCAUCAGAGGGCGGAGGCGGCGCGGAGGGCACAGGAGUUGCAGAGGCGUUGGCAGUUGAGCGGCGGGAGGCGAGGACUGUGA